AUGAAACACGAGUUGCUCAUUUGUCGAACGUAUCGAAUGUUUGAAUCGUACGAAACCAUGUGCUGCUGCGAAUUUCCGCAUUGCAACAAAUAUAUAAUUGAAGCUGCUAACAACGAGCUAAGGGACGCUCAUCUUUCGGCCAACAUGGCCACAUCGUGCGUUGUUGGUCAUUAUUCAAGUGAUGACAAUUGGAAGUUUGUACAAUCAACCGAAUUGUUUCCGGUUUGUAGUUUGCGUUUUAUCGUUAUUCCGCUUCUCGAUUCGCGUAGCGGCAGAAUUCACAACCAAGUCAACGUCAGUUUCGAAGUUGGCUGCGGGUUUGAUAUGACUGACGAACCAUUGGUGAUUCAUACGACGAACACGAGUGUCGAAUAUUGUUGCCGCGGUGUGCGUUGCAAUCGCGACAUUUUCAUGGUUUUCGGUGUUGAGUUCAUCAUCAAUACCGUGUUUGCCGAGCAUGAGCGUGACUAUCGCACGCGAUAUAAUUACGAGUUUCGGAAACAUGCGAAAUUGUGGUCGGAAGAAAAAGAUUAUUAUCUGAAUUUUCCGAAGACUGCGAUUUUCAACUAUAUUGUCGUGUUCACUGUAACGAGUCUUGUAUUUUUGGCGCUCGCAUUUCGUUUCAUGGAGCCGAAAGAGAUGGAGUUGCGAAAAUCGCCGAAUUUCAAUUUUGAGAAUCAAGCGCCGGCCGCCGCUGAGCUAAUCGAAGCAGACGAAGAUAAUAUUGGAUUGAAGUUGCCGCUUUCAAUCCGCGUCCUGAUCAUGUCGGAAUCGGCAAUUCGCGAGAAACCACGUCCCGCAAAUGUUAAAUGUGGUCUCGAAUGGAUUCUAGGCUUCACCCUUUGA